AUGUCACUCAAAAAAAUAUUUCACGAGCUACUGGAGCUCAGAGAUGACAUGGGGAAAAAAUCAAGAAGGGCAGAGAAAAAGCAUACGCGUCGCCGAGCAAAAUCACACAUUGCCCCUGAACAGUCAUUAUCUUCAUUGCCAUCACCUGAAUUGGUUCCACAGAGCCAAUGGGCAAACUUGCCCCCCGAGUUGCUUCUUGACAUAAUUCAACGCUUGGAAGCGAGCGAGACCUCCUGGCCUGCUCGGAGAGAUGUCGUUGCCUGUGCUUCGGUUUGCAGGUCAUGGAGGGAGAUUACAAAAGAGAUAGUCAAGACUCCAGAGCAAUGUGGCUGGCUUACCUUCCCCAUCUCACUGAAGCAGCCGGGUCCAAGAGAUGCUCCGAUCCAGUGCUUUAUUAAGAGGGAAAGAGAAACCUCCACAUAUAGACUGUAUCUUGGUCUAAGCCCUGCUCUGUCUGGGGAUAUGAGUAAGCUAUUGCUGGCAGCAAGAAAGAUCAGACGGGCAACUAGUACGGGUUUUGUGAUAUCCUUGGUUGCAGAUGAAUUUUCUCGAGCAAGCAAUACCUAUGUUGGAAAACUAAGGCAAGCUUUACCUAAAUGGAUCUUUUUUACCAUUUAUGACAGUCAGCCUCCACAAAACCCAGCAAUGCAAACAAAUUGUAGGUCACAUCGCAGAAUCAAUUCAAAGCAGGUAUCCCCAAGGGUACCUGCUGGCUGUUUUAGUGUUGCUUCUGUAUCUUAUGAACUCAAUAUCCUCCGAACAAGGGGCCCAAGGAGAAUGCAAUGCACCAUGCAAUCAAUCCCCAUAACAGCAGUUCAAGAAGGGGGCUUUGCUCCAACUCCAACAGAGUUAUUAACUUGCUUAAACCAAAAAUGCUCUCCAUUGUCCAUUUCGCAAGGGAAGAAGCCACUUGCUAACUUGGGCUCUAGUAGUCCCACACUGGAUUUGGAACAUGGCAUGAAGGAUCCACUCAUUUUGAAAAAUAAAUCCCCUCGAUGGCAUGAACAGCUGCAGUGUUGGUGUCUAAACUUUAAGGGUCGUGUUACAGUGGCAUCCGUGAAGAAUUUCCAGCUGGUGGCUUCUGCAGAGCCUUGCCAUAAUGUUUCAUUGGCUGAACAAGAGAAAGUAAUCCUGCAAUUCGGGAAGAUUGGUAAAGACAUUUUCACUAUGGAUUAUCGCUACCCUCUCUCUGCUUUCCAAGCCUUCGCAAUUUGCUUGAGCAGCUUUGACACGAAACCAGCCUGUGAAUGA